AUGUCUACUGUUUUUUCCUCUGUCUCCAUAUCUCUAUAUAUCUCUCUCCACCCUGUCUCUGUCUGUCCUCUCCUCACGGCUUCUAUCAUCCUCUCGCUAUCUAUCUAUCUAUCUAUCUAUCUAUCUAUCUUCUGUUUUCCUCUCAUUCCGUCUUCCUGUCCCGUCCUCCCAAUCCUUCCAGCUGCCUCAUUCUUUCUCUCUUCCUUCUCUAUCACUUUCUCAUUUUCCUCUCUCACUGUCUCUCUCUCUGUCUCUCUCUCUCUCUCUCUCAGUUCCUCCCCCUCUUUCCAGCCACCUCACUCUUUCUCUCUUCCUACUUUAUCGCGUUCUUCCAUUCUCUCCAAAUCUCUCUCUCUCCCAUUCUCUCCCUCCCUCUCCCCCCUAUCCCUCUCUCUCUCUCUCUCUCUCUCUCUCUCUCUCUCUGUAUGUGUAUUUCCCUCCCUGUCCCGGCCUCUCGGCUUCUAUCAUCCUCUCUCCCUAUCUCUCUUCUCUUUUCCUCUCACUCACUCUUUCUUCCCCACCGUCUCUCCCUCUAUCUCCUUCUCUAUUAAAUAUAAACUUUUCUGUCACUUUCUCAUUCCCCCUCUCUUUUUCUGUCCAGUUAAGUUCUUCGUCUGUUUUCCAUUUCGUCUCUUUCUUUUAUUUCCACCAUGUUCUAUUCUUCUUUCUUCUUCGCUGUAUCUUCGACACUAUCUUUGUUUAUCGUUCUAUUCUAAACGUGGUUCUUCUCCGUGGGUCUUCUUUUCCUUUUCUUUUUUUUUUUUCUUUUCUUUUUUUCUUUUUUUCUCUCUCUCUUUCUCUCUUUCUCCCUCUCUUUAUCCCUCUCUUUCUCUCUCUCUUUCUCUCUCUUUUUCUCUCUCUCUCUCAUCUUCUCUCCCUCUCUUUUUGUUUCUCCUCAUAUUCAAAAAUUUAUUCCAUCAUAUAUCUUUUUCCUAUCCUUUCUGCUUAUUUUAUCUUCGCAUUCUUUUCUUUGUUUAUUUCUUCAUUAUUUUUCUUUCUAUUUUUUAUGGUAUUUUUUUACUAAUCAUAUCUCUUCUUUUUUCUUUCUUUUAUGUUUCCUUUUUUUUUAUCAUUCUUUCGUGUUCUGUGUAUCUGUUCUUCUUUCUUUUUUACUUUUUCAACAGCUCAUAUUCUUUCAUUCACUUUUUUAUUUUAUUUCUACCCGUUUCUCUAUUUUCUUUUUCGUUGUAUUUCUUCAUUUUUUUUCUUUUCCUCCUUUUUUGCGCUUCUAGCUUUUUCAACGGAACCCUUUCUUUCUUUCUUUCUUUCUUUAUUUCUUUCUUUCUUUAUUUAUUUAUUUGUUUCUUUAUUUAUUUCUUUAUUUCUUUAUUUCUUUCUUUAUUUCUUUCUUUCUUUCUUUCUUUCUUUCUUCCUUUCUUUCUUUGUUUCUUUAUUUCUAUAUUUCUUUCUUUCUUUAUUUAUUUCUGUAUUUCUUUAUUUCUUUCCGUGUUUCUUUCUUUAUUUCUUUCUUUUUUUAUUUCUUUCUUUCUUUCUUUCUUUAUUUCUUCCUUUCUUUGUUUCUUUCUUUAUUUCUUUCUUUCAUUCUUUAUUUUUCUUUCUUUCUCUAUUUCUUUCUUUGUUUCUUUGUUUCUUUCUUUAUUUAUUUGUUUCUUCCUUCCUUUGUUUCUUUCUUUGUUUCUUCCUUUGUUUCUUUCUUUCUUUCUUUCUUUCUUUCUUUCUUUCUUUCUUUAUCUAAACUGCUUUUUUCUUCGCUUCAACUCUUUUUUUUUCUUUUUUUUUGUUACUCCUUCAAUAUUUUUUUCCUUUUUCGCCACAUUACGGACGAAACAUCCGCUUCUACUUCUUCUCCGCACCGACCCCCCUUCUGUCUCUAUCUCAAUCUCUAUUUCUCACGCUCUCUUUAAUCCAUUCUUUUUCUUCUUCUUUUUUCUCUGCACUUUCCCGCCCCUUACCAACAGCCAGUGUCCGGUUGUCACAAGUUGUCCCCACGUGACAUGA